CAAAAUUAUACAUAAGUACAUUUAAAAAUUCUGACAGAUUCUCGACUUGUUUUGGUGAGGUCCAUUUUCAGUGAGACUUUUGUUCCUGAUUCUUGUUGACUUUCCACAUUGGCCGAGGGGUAUUUCGCCAAGCGAUUGUCACAGCCUCGCGGGAGCUGCCCCGCCAUGUUUUAUGUCCACUCAGCCUACGCAACUUGCAACACGUCAGAAGGCGUAGAUAUUACACUCAUUCUGCAGAAAUUCAGUUUCUUUCGUCCUUCAAGUCUCCUCCAAAAUGUCGAUCGCCAUAAAUAAGAUUUUUGCAGCAACUCCUAGCACAGAGCGUGGCAGGCCAACACAACUCUCUGCAGACUCCAAAGGAGAGCGCAUCGCCUAUGCAGCACGUAGUCCCAAUUCUGGCAAGUCCAUAUUCGUCCGAUCAAUCGACGACCCCUCCAUCAGCAAGCAAUACACCGGACAUACAGCACAAACCUCGGUCGCAAGAUUCUCCCCCUCGGGUUUCUAUGUCGCAUCUGGAGAUGUUUCUGGCGCAGUCAAGGUUUGGGAUUCUGUAGAAGCUGUUAAUACAAAGGGGGAUUACCACAUUAUAUCUGGCAGGAUUAAUGACCUUGCGUGGGACGGAGAUUCUCAACGCAUUAUCGCUGUUGGAGAUGGACGAGAGCGAUUCGGACAUUGCAUAACGGCAGAUAGCGGAAACUCGGUGGGAGAAAUCAGCGGUCACUCUUCGAUCAUCAACUCCGUCUCGAUCCGCCAGCAAAGACCCCUUCGAGCCGCUACAGGUGCAGAUGACAAUUCCAUGGUGUUUCUUCAUGGCGCCCCUUUUAAAUUUAAUAGCAAGGUUGCGGGCAUCCAUAAGGGAUACGUCAACGGUGUAGCGUUCAGUCCGGACGGAAAUCAACUGGUCACUGUGGGCGCUGAUCGAAGGAUCCAGCUCUACGAUGGCAAGACUGGAGAGGCUACAAAGCAGAUUGGCGAGGGAGAACACACGGGGAGCAUAUUCGCUGUAUCUUGGGCACAGGACUCGAAGCGAUUUGCUACCUGUAGCGCCGACCAGACGGUCAAACUCUGGGAUGUAGAAGCUGGAAAGGCUCUUCAGACCUGGAGAUUUGGCGGUGAAGGUAAUGUCAGCAUUCCAGACCAUCAAGUAGGAGUCGUAUGGCCAGCCGGAAGAAGUGACGGGAUGGUGAUAAGCUUGAACUUGGCCGGCGAUCUAAGCUAUCUGGUUGAAGGAAGCCAGAAACCGACUAAGAUUGUUCAGGGGCACAACAAGAGUAUCACUGCUCUUGGUUCAAGCCACGAGAGUAAAUACCAGACUCUAUGGACCGGUAGCUUUGAUGGCAGAGUUUGUGCUUGGGAUGUCGCAACAGGCAUUGGUUCUGUAGUAGAAGGAGAGUGCCACAAGAACCAGGUCACAGCAUUCCAAACAACUUCGGAGAGAGCUUACAGUGUUGGGUGGGAUGACACACUUCGUAUUGCAGAUGUGUCACAAAAGACUUUCCUUGGAGAUACCGUCAAACUAUCAGCCCAACCUAAAGGACUUGCCUCAGCCGAAGGUCGACUCUUCGCUGCGACAGUUUCCGGAAUCGACAUUUUCGUGAAAGAUGACCUCGUGGGUACGUUGCCUACGAAAGACUUCACGCCCACAGCUAUUGCAGCACAUGGUUCAUUGGUUGCUGUCGGUACCGAUUCCAAUGUGGUCCAAAUAUAUACUGUCGACAGCAGCCACAAGCUGAGUCCGAAGGAGACGCUCACAAAGUCCACUGCACAGAUCACAGCCUUAGCAUUCUCGCCUAAUGGUUCACUCCUUGCUGUUGGCAACUCUUCUGGCAAGAUUGUUGCAUAUGAGACUAGUUCUUGGGAAGUUAAGACCGACAGGUGGUCAGCACAUACAUCUCGAGUCACCUCUCUUGCGUGGAAUGAGGACAGCACCCUUGCCGUCAGUGGUUCUCUCGACACCAAUGCUCACGUCUGGAGUUUGAAGUCGCCUGGCAAGAGAAUAAAAGCACCGAAUGCACACAAAGACGGAGUGAAUGGUGUCGCAUUUCUUGAUGGGGGGAAGAAAAUCGCCAGUACAGGAGCAGACAUAACUUUGAAGAUUUGGGAUGUCUCGGAUAUUGAGUAGAUACAGUAGAAUAAAAUACCGCAAUCUGAUAUAUGAGCAUUCUCAAGUCGCGGGACUUAAGAAAGUAAGCC